AUGUCUGACAAUAGCAAAUACAAAUAUGAAGAGAUGUCAAAUAAAGUCCUAAGGCAGGACAGGAAACUUUUAUCCAAUAGAGCUGAUCCACUGAAAGAUGCUGCUCUUUCAGCUCCAACUUCUCUUGCUGGUAAAGUCUCUUUGAAAGAUUUAGGGACUAGAUCUGUUGAACCUGAAGCUAAGGAAGAGAAUGAUAUAGCUAAAACAAUAACUGACCAAGUGAAGAACAAAGAGGUAAAGAAACGUCAAGCAAAUUUAAAGACAACUCGUUUGAAUAAUUCAUCCUUGCUGGAUUCUGGUAAUGUUGAAAGAUUAAAGUACUACCCCAAAUCACAAGAAACAAACGAAGCGUAUGAAAGUUUAGUAUCUUGGGUUUCCGAUCAAUUUGGUAACGAUAUUCAACAUAGUACUGCUAUAAGUGCAACAGAUUUAGUUCUAGAGGCCCUUAAAGAUGAAUCAUUUACAGAGCUACAGAAGAAGAAGCUUAUUGAAGAAAUAUUGGACUUCAAAAUUGAAGAUCUUCCAUUUUCUAAUGCCAUCAAGAUCUCAAACGGAAUCACUGAUUAUGAAGAAGAAGCUCAAGCUCAAGGAGAAGAAGCAGGUGUUGCUGUGGAUUUUGACGAAGAGGAAGAAGGAGGAGAACAAGAUAGUGAAGACGAAAGUGACGAUGAUUUCGCAGGUCCUGCACUAGACGAUUUCGUACAAGAUAACGAUGAAGAGGAAAAAGAUCAAAGCCAAGAAGGUGAAGAGGUGAUACGAUUCAACCAGAAAGGCACAGAAGCACAUAAAGCUCUAUCAAUUAAAGAUAUUGAUGCAUUUUACCUUCAAAGACUGGUUUCUAGCCAUCAUACUGAUCUGGAUGCUUCUGCUGUACAAUCAUUAUCAUCAGGAUUACUUGAACUCAUUGAAUCAUCAUUAGCUGGAAAAGAAUUUGAACAACGCCUUUUACAGAUAGUUGAUUCAGAAAAAGUUGAGCUUGUGCAAUUGCUAAUAACGAACAGAGAGGCUAUAUUAUGGGGAAUAAAGCUUGCUAAAGCCAACCCCGAAGAACGUCAAUCCAUCUUGACAGCCCUUGAAUCAAGUGAAUCAAAACAUCUUUUAGAAGACUUAGAUGAUUCUGAUGAAAGUCUACCAAUUUCCAAAAGAAGAAAAACUGAUUCAGUCAACACUGCAGAUGUUUCAAUAACAAGGAAACCAAAAAUUGUUAAUUUGGAUGACUUAGCAUUCGACCAAGGUUCACAUUUAAUGACAACCACUAAAGUCAAUUUACCUAAAGACUCUUUCAAAAGAACCAAGAAGAACUAUGAAGAGAUUCAUAUACCAGCUCCACCAAAACCAUCUGAUGAAGCUGAAUUGGUACCAAUUUCGACAUUACCUGAAUGGGCAAGAGAAGCGUUCCCAAGUGCAGAAACUUCAACUUUAAACAGAAUUCAAUCCAAAGUUUAUCCAACUGCAUUCAACAAGGAUUCAAACAUUUUACUUUGUGCACCUACAGGUGCAGGUAAAACCAAUGUUGCAAUGCUUACAAUUUUACGUACUUUGAGUAAUUACAGAAGAGAAGAUGGUACAUUUGAUUUGAAUAAUUUCAAAAUUAUUUAUAUUGCCCCUUUAAAAGCUUUGGUACAGGAACAGGUACGUGAAUUUUCUAGAAGAUUAGAAGUAUUUGGAAUUAAAGUUGAAGAAUUAACUGGUGACUCUAACUUAACAAAACAACAAAUUUCUGAAACUCAAAUGUUGGUUACAACUCCAGAAAAAUGGGAUGUUAUUACAAGAAAGAAUUCAGAUACAAGCUAUACAAAUUUAGUAUCUUUACUGAUUAUUGAUGAAAUCCAUUUAUUGCAUGAUGAGAGAGGUCCAGUUUUAGAAAGUAUUACUGCAAGAACUUUAAGAAAUGUAGAAUACUCUGGAAGAGAUGUUAGAUUAGUUGGUUUAUCUGCUACUUUACCAAAUUAUGAGGAUGUUUCAAGAUUUUUGAGAGUUGAUGAAGAUGAAGGCUUAUUCUACUUUGAUGCUUCAUAUAGACCAUGCCCAUUGGCCCAACAGUUUAUUGGUAUCACAGAAAAGAACUCUUUCAAGAAAACCAUUUCAAUGAAUGAAGCAUGUUAUGAUAAGAUUUUGGAAGCUGCUGGUAAGCAUCAGGUUAUUAUUUUUGUUCAUUCAAGAAAAGAUACAUUUAGAACUGCAAAAUGGUUGAGAGACAAGUUGCUGGAAGAAGAUAAAUUAAAUUUAUUUAUGAAGUCAGAUUCUGCAAGUAUAGAAAUUUUGAGACAAGAAUCUGAAAAGGUGAAAGACACAGGCCUUGCAGAAUUGUUACCAACUGGGUUUGCAAUUCACCAUGCUGGUUUGGCUAGGGAUGAUCGUUCAGCAGCAGAAGAUCUAUUUGCUGAAGGUUAUGCUCAAAUUUUAGUCUCAACUGCCACUUUGGCUUGGGGUGUGAAUUUACCUGCACAUACUGUUAUUAUAAAAGGUACAGAAGUUUACGCACCGGAUAAAGGUGACUGGACUCAACUUUCUCCCCAAGAUAUUUUACAAAUGUUAGGGAGAGCUGGUAGACCUAGAUAUGAUGCAAGCGGUGAAGGUAUUAUCAUAACGUCACAAUCUGAAAUCCAAUAUUAUUUAGCUGUUUUAAAUCAACAGUUACCUAUAGAGUCUCAAUUAAUGGGUAAAUUAGCUGAUAAUUUGAAUGCUGAAAUAACACUAGGUACUGUGAAGACUUUACAAGAAGGUAUUGAUUGGUUGGGGUAUACUUAUCUUUACGUGAGAAUGCUCAAGUCUCCUGAUAUCUAUAGAGUUGGACCAGAGUAUAAAGAUGACCAUUACUUGGAAUGGAAAAGAGCAGACUUAGUACAUUCUGCUUUAACAAUUUUGCACCAAAAUAAUUUGGUAAUCUAUAACACAGCAGAUGGAUCCAUACAGUCUACUGAAUUGGGUAGAAUCUCAUCACAUUAUUAUAUCAGUUAUGAAUCUAUGUCAUAUUAUAAUAGACAACUAAGAUCAUAUUCUUCUGUCAUUGAUGUAUUCAGAAUUUUUUCAUCAUCAUCAGAAUUCAAACUCAUUCCAGUUAGACAAGAAGAAAAGGCUGAAAUUAACAAGCUGAUUGAGCGUGCACCAAUACCAAUUAAAGAAGAUGUUAAUGAUCCUAGGGCAAAAGCUAACGUAUUAUUGCAAUCAUACAUCUCAAGAUUAUCAUUAGAUGGGUUUGCGCUGAACGCUGAUAUGAUCUAUAUCACUCAAUCAGCUGGUAGGUUAUUAAGAGCUAUUUAUGAAAUUGUACUGAAGAAGGGAUGGGCUGGUCUUGCAAAAUAUUUAUUGGAUUUAUGUAAGAUGGUUGAACAACGAAUUUGGUUAUCAAACUCUCCAUUUAGACAGUUCCCUGAUUGUCCUCCAAAAGUCAUCAAAAAUACAGAAAGUUCAAAUUUGCCUUGGUCUGAAUACUUUAAUUUAAGUGAUCCAAGUGAAGUUGCACAAGCCAUUCGUGACGAUACAUCUGCCAAAAAAGCUUUUGAUUUGAUCAAAAAGUUCCCUAAAGUUACGAUGAGAUGUUCUGUACAAACAUUGACACCAAGUUUGUUGAGAUUUGAAUUAGAUGUUUUACCAGAAUGGUCAUGGGAUCCACAAUACCACAAUAAUUCCGAGUCCUUUAUCUUAUUAGUUGAAGACACAAAUGGUGAAAAGAUACUUCAUUUUGACUCAUUUUUAGUUCGCAGAAAGUACAUCAACCAAGAGCAUUUAGUUGAUUUCACUGUCCCAAUUGAUGUUCCAAUACCACCGAAUUACUUUGUUACUCUGAUUUCAGAAAAAUGGUUACACUGUGAAUAUAGAAUCCCAGUUGUUUUGAACUCAUUGAAAUUACCAAAGAAAUUUCCAGCACCAACACCAUUGCUUGAUUUACAUCCAAUCCCAGUGACAGAUUUAAAGAUUCCAGAUUUCAUUGAAGCUUUUGAUUUUACUCAUUUCAACAAGUUCCAGUCUCAAGUUUUCAGUGCGUUGUACCAGUCAAAUGAAAAUGCUUUUGUAGGCGCUGUUAAAGGAUCAGGAAAGACAGUUUUAGCAGAACUUGCCUUGUUACACCAUUGGAGACAAAACAAAGGCCGUGCAGUAUACAUUUGUCCUUCUCAAGAGAAGAUUGAUUUAUUGGUACAGGAUUGGAAAGAAAGAUUUGGUGAUAUUGGCGAUGGUAAAGUUAUCAAUAAAUUGUCAAAUGAUCUUUCUGCAAAUUUGAAGACCUUAGCAGAAAGUCAUGUUAUUAUCGCUACUCCUCAACAGUUUGACGUUGUCUCACGUCGUUGGAAACAAAGAAGAAAUAUUCAAUCCAUUGAACUCUUCAUUGCAGAUGAUUCACAAAAUGUUGGUAAUGGUGCAGAAGGUUCAAUUUAUGAAAAUAUUAUUUCAAGGGUUAGAUUUAUGUCAAGUCAACUUGAGUCAGAGUUGAGAAUUGUCGCAUUAAGUACAUCUCUAGCCAAUGGUCGUGAUUUUGGUGAAUGGAUCGGUGCUGAUAAAAGCAAAAUUUUCAAUUUUUCCUCAAAAGAACGUAUUAGACCUUUGGAAAUCCAUUUACAAUCUUAUAAUAUCAAUCAUAACCCAUCAUUAAUAUUGGCUAUGAUAAAACCUACAUAUCUUGCAAUCAAAAGCUUCAAAGGUGCGGCUUCUGUUGUAUUUGUUCCUUCAAGAAAACAAUGUGUUGAGAUUGGUCUCGAGUUUUUAAGAUUAGCUGAUGUUGAUGGUAUAUCUUUCUUGCAAGCAGAACUUGAAAAUGCUGAAAAAUUGAUAUCAAAAGUCACAGAUGAAACUUUAGCAACAUUGUUAUCUAAUGGUAUUGGUUUCUUUUACAAGAACAUGAAUAAAACCGAUAGAAAAGUCGUUGAGUAUCUUUUCCAGAAUGAUGUAUUAUCAGUAUUAUUUGCCACAAGGGAUACAGCUUCUUUUGCUCCAUCAGGUGACUUGGUUAUUGUUUUGAGUACUCAAUUUUAUGAAGGUAAAGAACAUCGUUAUAUUGACUAUCCAAUUAAUGAAGUAUUAGAAAUGAUUGGUUGUUCACAAGGAGCUCCAAACCAAACUGAUAAAGUUUUGAUUUUAACUAAUAGUACAAAAAGAGAUUAUUAUAAGAAGUUUUUAAAUGAAUCCUUACCAGUUGAAAGUUUCUUAAAUGUUUUUAUUCAUGAUCAGUUCUUGAAUGAAAUAAGUACAGGUCUGAUCAAAUCAAGACAAGACUGCAUAGAUUGGCUAACAUUUUCGUAUUUCUACAGAAGACUACAAGCAAAUCCAAGUUUCUAUGGUGUCAAGGAUAUUUCUCAUGUUGGAUUAUCAUCUUAUUUAACAGAAUUGGUUGAAUCAAGUUUAAAUGAACUUGCUGGUGCUAAAUUAAUCGAGCUUGAAGAUAAUGACGACGAAGAAGAGGAGGAAGAAGAUGAAUCAGAAGAGAUUUCACCAUUAGAUGGUGCUUUGGUUGCUUCUUAUUACAAUGUUUCAUUUAUCACUAUGCAAACAUUUAUUUUAUCUUUAACCAGAAAAUCAAAAUUGAAAUCAAUUUUAGAAAUCAUAACAUCUGCAUCAGAGUUUGAUGCAUUGCCAAUUCGUCAACAUGAAUCAGCUAUUUUGAACAAGAUUUACAACAGAGUUCCAAUCAAAUCAUCAUCAGAAUCAAACUUUGAAUCACCAUACCUAAAAGCUUUUGUUCUUUUACAAGCUCAUUUUUCAAGAUUAAGUUUACCACCUGAUUUAGCUUCAGAUCAAAAGUUUGUUUUGGAGAAGGUUUUAACUUUGCUUUACACUGCUGUUGAUAUUUUAUCAAGUGAAGGAUAUUUGAAUGCAAUGUAUGCUAUGGAUUUGAGUCAAAUGGUUGUUCAAGCAGUAUGGGAUACAGAUAGUCCAUUGAAACAGAUUCCAUAUGUUGAUAAUGAUAUAAUUGAAAGAGCCCAAAAAUACAAAGUUGAAAGUGUUUUCGAUAUCAUGUCAAUCGAGGAUGAAGAAAGAGAUGAUAUUCUAAGAUUGAGUGAUCGUCCAUUAAACAAGGUUGCAGAAUUUGUUAACAAGUAUCCAAAUAUUGAAAUUACAUACGCAUUGAAUAAAAAUGAACCAAUUUAUUCAAAUGCUUCAAAAAGAAUCCAAGUUAAUGUUACUAGAGAUGAAGAACCUGAAGAUUUGACAGUUUCUGCUCCAUUUUAUCCAUUUGAAAAAAGCGAAAGUUGGUGGGUUGUUUUAGGUGAUUCACAAACAAGACAACUUUAUGCUAUUAAAAAGUUGUCAAUUUCCAAAGAAGAACAACAAGUUAAUUUAGAUUUCACCAUUCCUAAAGCUGGUCAUCAUAACUUAUCAAUAUGGUGUAUGUGUGAUUCUUAUGUUGAUGCUGAUAAAGAAGUUUCUUUCGAAGUUGACGUUGAACAAGGUGAAGAAGAUAGCGAGGAGGAAGAGGAAGACGAAUGA